AGUGUUGUGAAUAAGUGACAUACCUCAAGCUAUAAGAAGUGGGCAGCCAUGCUUGAGGACAACAGUUCUUCAGAUGAAGAAAUCUCAGCCCUGCUCCUGUCUGACCCAUGCUAUCGGAAGUAUGCUGCUCUGAAGAGAAGAUGUCAGGCUGUUGACCAGGAGAACCAGCGGCUGGUGGGCCGCGUGUACCACGUGCAGCGCCAGGUGCGUCUGGCGCGCCGCCAGUGCCGUCUGGUGGCCGCCCGGCUGGAGCAGCACGGUGACGACUAUUGUGUGGCGGCGCAGCGCGCGGCCGACGCUGAGCUGGACGUUUGGGACGACGGAGGCGCGCCGGGCCGCCGGGCCGCCGCUGCCGAGACGGUGCCCAAGUCUCGGCUGAAGUCGGAGAAGAAGUCGAAGCGCCGGUUGAACGAGCCGAAGCGGCCCUCGAACCCGUUCUUCCAGUACUGCCAGGAGCAGCGCGGCCACAUGCUCUCGCAGAUGAAGGGACAGAGUCCCGCCGGAGUGACGAAGGCGGGCGUUACCAAACAGCUGGCGGCCAACUGGAGCCGCAUGUCCGCUCAGCACAAACAGAAGUACGUGGAGCGAUACGAGGAGGACAAGCGACAGUACGCCAUCGCCAUGCAGAAGCUGCAGAGCGGCGGCACGCAGGGUACCUCCGGCCCGUCGUGAGCGACAUCUCCGGACUUAAGUCGGUAGGCUGAGGGCCAGAGUGCCCAACGAUUGUAGUUUGCGCGUCAAAACAGUGUCUGAAGGUCGAUCACCAGACUGCGGCCGGCGGACAUCCUUAAAGGGACUGUCCCACCUUUGCAUUAGUUCUGAGUUGAUAUAGCCAAGUUGGCGGCCAGGUUCAGAAACCACUAUAUAUCCUGGUCGCAAUAUCCUCAGUUUCGUGGUGUUAAAGAAAUUC